AUGUCGGCCGUGAGCGAGGCCCCAGCUCUGGCCUUUGCUGUUUUGGGCCGGGGGAGCACGGGCCCCUCUCCGCCGGCUCCCCCGGGGGCAGCUGCCGAUGCGUUGCGGGAAGGAAUCGUAACUGGGACCCCCGGCAGCAAGCGCGCCCUACGAGACGUUGGCCGAGACUGCUCCACUGCAGUAAGAAGAUGGGUGCAGGCGGAGCGCUUCUCGCCCGCAGCGAGGUCCGGAGGUGGGACGGCGGGGAGAGAGCUCGUGCUGGUCGGAGAAGCAGCUGAGCGGUGGGUAGCUCUGGUCCCCGUCGCUGCCGGGCUGUCCGGCCGCCACUUUCCAGACUCCGGUGAUGCACCCAUCGGCGAGGCCCUUUUAGGGAAGACAAAAUAUAACUCCCGGGUCUUCCCCCGGCCCACCCGCCGUGACUCUCCCGAGAGUGACCGUGUCUCAGCUCCGGGAUCCCGGUCGGUGCGCGCCGAGGAGGCUGGGGGGGUGCUCACCGCCCUUUGCAGCUGCGACUGUCUUCACCGCCUUGCUGGGCAAGAACAACAGAGGUGGGACCGCGACGCGCUGCUGUUCAGGCGGAGUGGAGAUGUGCUGUCUGGGCGAGCUGUCAGCGGAGCCCUGAUCCGCAAACCCAGCUCUCGGGCGAGCGUGCCAAGCCGGCAGCUCCCAAGCACGGGGCUGGCUCCUGCAGCUCCCGCUCGCCGUGCCUGGCGGGGGAGGUCGUCGGACGCGCGUUUGCCUGCAGAUAAACGAGCGAACGCACUGCUGGGAGCGGGGAGCACUGCCCUGGUCUCGAAAGCAUCUUCUGAGCUCAUGAAUUACUGCGAGCAACAUGCCAGGAAUGACCCGCUGCUGGUUGGAGUGCCCGCUUCGGAGAAUCCUUUUAAGGACAAAAAGCCUUGCAUCAUCCUAUAG